AUGCCCAGCAAAAACCCAUCAAGCUUUGGAGCUUUCUCUGUUGACCACAUGGAGCUUUUGGAGGUUGUUAGCCAGUGUGCAAAUCCAUACGCAGUGAAUAUGUAUUUUGAUGGUUAUGGGUAUCAUGGGACUUCAUUCGAGCAGACAUAUCGAUGUUAUCCUGCAUCUUUUAUUGAGAAGCCACAAAUUGAAAGUGGUGAUAAAAUUAUAAUGCCUCCCUCAGCCCUUGAUCGCCUUGCAUCUUUACAUAUUGAUUAUCCAAUGUUGUUUGAGCUUCAAAAUGAUUCUGCUGAGCGGGUCUCUCAUUGUGGGGUGCUGGAGUUCAUUGCAGAAGAAGGCAUGAUCUAUAUGCCUUAUUGGAUGAUGGAGAAUAUGCUUUUGCAAGAAGGUGAUAUUGUGCGAGUGAAAAAUGUGACUCUUCCAAAGGGAACAUAUGUUAAAUUGCAACCCCAUACAAAGGACUUUCUAGAUAUCUCAAAUCCAAAAGCGAUCUUGGAGACAACACUCAGGAAUUUUUCUUGCUUAACUACGGGGGAUAGUAUUAUGGUAGCAUAUAACAACAAGAAGUAUUAUAUAGAUAUUAUAGAAGCAAAGCCUUCUCACGCAAUAAGUAUUAUUGAGACAGACUGUGAGGUGGACUUUGCACCUCCUCUUGACUAUAAGGAACCAGAAAAGCCUGUUGCAUCUGGUCCUCUAAACAAGGCAGCUGCUCAAGUUGAAGAGGAUCCUGCUGAGACAGAGCCGAAAUUCAACCCUUUUACUGGAGCUGGGAGACGCUUGGAUGGGAAGCCUUUGAAGUAUGAGCCGGCACCAGCUUCUUCUUCAGGUUCAAAAGACAAGAAACCUAUGGUCACCAAUGGCAAUGCACAGCCUUCAAUGGGAUCUAGUUCACAAGCUACCAGUCGUCAAGCUCAGGGAAAGCUUGUUUUUGGAGGAAAUGCCAACCGUGCUCCAAAGGAAACACAAAAGGAAGCUGUAAAGGAGACUAAAAAAGAGGAGCAGGCCGAAAAGAAAGAAGACCCGAAGUUCCAGCCUUUUACAGGGAAAAAUACUCAUUGA